CCUGGGUGGAACUGCGGCUGCGAUAAACACACCGAGCGAUGUCCACAGCUUCCUGCUGAGCGAAAUUUUACUUCUUAGACACAUUCAGGGAGCGCGGAGAGCCGCCAAAUAGUCAGGAUGGCCGGCCGAAUGCCCCCUUGCGUGAUCGAUGUCGGCACCGGCUACUCGAAAAUGGGAUUUGCGGGCAACAAGGAGCCGCAGUUCAUCGUGCCGUCGGCCAUCGCCAUCAGAGAGAACGCCAAGGUCGGCGACCAGUCAUGCCGGAGGAUGGCCAAGGGCGUCGAGGACCUCGACUUCUUCAUCGGCGACGAGGCGUUCGAGGCCACCGGCUACUCGGUCAAGUACCCUGUGCGGCACGGCCUCGUCGAGGACUGGGACCUGAUGGAACGCUUCCUCGAGCAGUGCAUUUUCAAGUAUUUGAGAGCCGAGCCAGAGGAUCACUACUUCCUGCUGACGGAGCCGCCGCUGAACACUCCUGAGAACCGCGAGUACACGGCCGAGAUUAUGUUCGAGUCGUUCAACGUGCCCGGCCUGUACAUCGCGGUGCAGGCCGUGCUCGCCCUGGCCGCCAGCUGGGCCUCGCAGAGCGCCUCCAAUCGCACCCUCACCGGCAUCGUCGUCGACAGCGGCGACGGUGUCACACACGUCAUCCCUGUCGCCGAGGGCUACGUCAUCGGCAGUUGCAUCAAGCACAUUCCCAUCGCAGGUCGCAACAUCACGUAUUUCAUCCAGUCGUUGCUGCGCGAGCGCGAGGUGGGCAUUCCCCCGGAACAGUCGCUGGAGACGGCCAAGGCAAUCAAGGAGCGCUACAGUUAUAUCUGUCCUGACAUCGCCAAGGAGUUUGCCAAGUAUGACGCCGACCCGUCCAAGUGGAUGAAGCGCUUCGACGGCGUCAACGCCGUCACCAAACAGCCAUUCGCUGUUGACGUCGGCUACGAGCGCUUCCUCGGCCCCGAGAUCUUCUUCCAUCCGGAGUUUUCGAACCCGGACUUCACAACGCCAAUCUCAGAAAUCGUGGACACGGUGAUCCAGAACUGUCCGAUCGACGUGCGGCGCCCGCUGUACCACAACAUCGUGCUGUCCGGCGGCUCGACCAUGUUCAAGGACUUCGGCCGACGUCUGCAGCGUGACAUCAAACGCACUGUCGACGCCAGACUGAGGCUCAGCGAGACCCUGAGCGGCGGACGGAUCACCCCAAAGCCCAUCGAGGUCCAAGUCAUCUCGCACCACAUGCAACGAUACGCCGUGUGGUUCGGAGGCUCGAUGCUUGCCUCAACGCCAGAAUUUUACCAGGUGUGCCACACAAAGGCAGCCUAUGAGGAAUACGGGCCCAGUAUUUGCCGGCACAACCCAGUCUUCGGCACCAUGACGUGAAUAGUAAUUUUUUUCGUCAGAUGUGUCGUGGGAAACUGGCCCGGCUAAAUUGCUCAAAAAUUAUUUCAUUUUGGCGAGAUUUCUCGAAUCACUAAAUAAUCAGUAUCGUAUUUCUGCCACUUUUCCGCGACACGGAUUGAUUUGAAAACAUGGUCAUCGAUACCGAAGCAUUCCGCACGAGUGUGCGCGUUUUUUAUCAACUUAUUGUAAUAAUAAUUUGGCUUUGUUAACUGAUCUUAAUAAUUAUUAUCGUUUAAACAGAUUUAUGCGACGCAAAUGAAAAAAAUAUAAACACAAUAAACGAAGAGUUAUGCCAAUUA